CAGCCUUCUGGUGCCAGCCUUCUAUAAACCAUUACUGAAAUACUACGUUCUAUUCAAAAUCUACAUGCUUGAAGAAAAAAAUGAUUAACGCGGUUCUUGUCUUCAAUAAUGCUGGGCAACCACGCCUCACAAAAUUUUACACACAAUUAGUGAAUACCGACCUCCCCAUCAUCCUUCAGAGAAUCCCUAUGCUAACAGCCCGACCAGGAAACAUCAGUUCAACAACGACUCAUUUCAGAAAUAUUUACACUAGUCUCUAAUCGCCCUACUGGCUCAUGUAAUUUUCUUCCGCUUCCACCUCUUCUCGCCUCCUCUUCCACAUCCAAAACAGAUUCGUCUCCUCACAAUGAUAUUCCUUCCCUCGUAACGUACCGCCAUUAUGCGACACUCUACUUCAUCAUCAUCUCAACUUCUACUGAGUCACCACUUGCUCUUAUAGAUUUGAUUCAAGUAUAUGUGGAGGCGCUUGAUCGAUUAUUUGAAAAUGUAUGCGAGCUAGAUCUGAUCUUCAACUUCGAGACACUGCAUGCAACUUUGAGUGAGAUGAUCGUAGGGGGUGUUGUUAUUGAAACACAGCUAGAGAGAGUAGUGGAAGGGGUGAGGGCGCAGGGGAAGGUGGCAAAGAGGCCGUUGAAUGAAGGGAGGGGAGGGGCAUUAGGAGGGAUGGGAAUGGGUGGGAAUUUUGCUUGGGCUACUCGGUGAAAGUCGGCGACGAUUUUAACUACAAAUGCUUCACAGAGACUGCAAUAAUCAAAUCGUUAGCAGGGUUAUGAUGUU